UAUCGUUGCCACUCGUGACAGCAGGUUCAUGAGCUGAGAAAACGGUUUGGAAGCUACAGGUGUAUGUUUCCGGGAGUUAAAGCCACGUCGGCGAAUGAAGAGUCCCUUGAAGGACCUGGAAAUAACGAAAGGGAUGAAUCAUUCGUUUUUUUUAAUGAUGUAGCCGCUCUUUUUGAGAUUGGUACAAAUUUCAUACUGGUUGUAAAUCUUCGGCUGAAUGGUAGAAAUGGUCGCGGCGGAGUAGGCCUUUGUCAUGCCUCGGUCUCGCCUAAGAACGUAAGCGGACUAAGAGAGCUCUGGUCCGGGGAGACUCAGUGUCGUGGAAGCGUCUACUUCGAAAGUCUGUUCUUUCUUCAGGGACGUAGAGACCUAGAGACAUGAUCGCACCAGCCAGAAAGGAUUUUGUGUCUGUAGCAGUAGAUGAAAGUGGGGCUUAUACGAAUGGCAAACAGCGCAAGCAGUCAUACUGGAGGAAAUGGAAGCAGUUGCCCAGCCUGCAGCGCAGCCUUAUCCUGUUUGUUCUGGUUCUGCUCCUGAUCACUGGGAUCAUCCUUUACCCCGGUCUGGUGAAACGUUGGGGAGCUCAUUCAGACACAGUAGAAGGAAGGAACGAUGGUGAUGGGAUGCAAGCUCCUAUCGAGAGGAAGAGUGGAGGCAAAGUUGUUCUGCCUGAGCCCCCUUCAGAGAGAAAGGGCUCUCGUAAGCGAGGACCACCUGUCCUACAGAACCGCUCCCAGAAUAAAGGAAAUGUCUCCGAGUCACGGGGAGUGGAGAUGAAGAAGAUGGUGGUGGAGGAGGAUGGGAACAAGUCGCUAAUCAGUUGGCGUGGUGCUGUGAUCAAGGUGGAUGAAGACACGGAUACUAAGAAGAAAGAGGUGCUGCCUGAGGCUGAGGACUCAUCAGUAGCAGCGAGCAGGCUAGAGGCAGUGAGGGAGGCUUUCCAACAUGCCUGGAAAAGCUACAAAGACUUUGCCUGGGGUCAUGAUGAGCUCAAACCCAUUUCAAAAUCUUACACUGAAUGGUUUGGGCUGGGGCUAACUCUUGUUGAUUCACUGGACACUAUGUGGAUCUUGGGGCUGAAAAAAGAGUUUGAGGAAGCCAGGCAGUGGGUGGCCACACAUCUGUCCUUUGAGAAAAACGUGGACGUGAACCUGUUCGAGAGCACCAUCCGCAUAUUGGGUAGCCUGCUCAGCACUUACCAUCUGACCGGUGACGCAUUGUUCCUGGAGAAAGCUAAAGACAUCGGCUCCAGGUUGAUGCCCGCCUUCAACACGCCGUCAAAGAUCCCGUACUCGGACGUGAACAUUGGAAGUGGUGUGGCUCAUCCACCACGCUGGACCUCCGAUAGCACUGUCGCUGAGGUGACCACCAUCCAGCUGGAGUUCCGCGAGCUCAGCCGACUCACCGGAGACUCCAAAUAUCAGGAUGCAGUAAUGGAGGUAAUGAAGCAGGUGCACAAACUAGGAGGGAAGCAGGAUGGCCUGGUGCCCAUGUUCAUCAACACCAACAGCGGGCAGUUCACUCACCUGGGCGUGUACACUUUGGGUGCCAGGGCUGACAGCUACUAUGAAUACCUGCUGAAACAGUGGAUCCAAGGUGGCAAGAUGGAGAUGGAGUUGUUGGAGGACUACAUGCAGGCGGUAGAGGGGAUUCAAAAGAACCUGCUGAAGAAGUCUUCUCCUCUUGGCCUUACGUUUGUAGGAGAGCUGUCUCACGGACGCUUCAGCCCCAAGAUGGAUCAUUUAGUGUGCUUCCUGCCUGGCACGCUGGCCCUGGGGGCGCACAACGGCCUGCCCGCCGACCACAUGGAGCUAGCAAAGCAGCUGAUGGAGACCUGCUACCAGAUGUACGCACAGAUGGAGACGGGCCUGAGUCCUGAGAUCGUGCACUUCAACAUGCAAGCGGACAGCACACAGGAUGUGGAUGUUAAACCUGCAGACAGACACAACCUGUUAAGACCAGAAACCGUGGAAAGCCUUUUCUACCUGUACCAGUUCACCAAGGACAAGAAAUACCAGACCUGGGGUUGGGAGAUCUUUCAAAACUUCAAUAAAUACACCAGGGUCGAUACCGGUGGUUACACCUCCAUCAAUAACGUGCGAGACCCGAAGUCUCCCAGUCCACGCGACAAGAUGGAGAGCUUCUUCCUGGCCGAGACGCUCAAAUACUUCUACCUGCUGUUUUCAGACAACUCGGACCUUAUUAACCUGGACACGUACAUCUUCAACACAGAGGCCCAUCCUUUGCCCAUAUGGCCAAAGGCUGAGUGAUUGACUCGGGGGCUCUCUCUCUCUCUCUCUCUCUCGCUCUCUCACACUUCUCUCAGGGCUUUACAGAAAGACUUCUCAGUUCCUUUGCUAUCUAAACUGCCUUGUUUCUUUUUCCUAUUUGGGGAACAAGAAUCAUUUCGUAUUUAAUUAGCGACAAUUUCUACAAGUGUUUUAUUAAAGUCACGUGAUACGUGUACAGAUCAGAAUACAGACUGCCGAAGCGGCGUGCUUCUUUUAUCCCAGCGUAAAUCUCAUCUUUGCGCUCUACACAAUUUCAUUAGUGCUGAAUGAGAACAAAUCCAAUUCUCUAUGCUGUGGAUUAUCAAUCAUAUCCAGCAUGACCGUGCUGAACUCCUCAUCCUCCAUCAUCAGAGAAGGAGGCUUCAGAGUUGACUGUGACACACGAUAAUAGCCUGAUCGCCACAGCACCGUCGAGCACGAUGAGAGAGGAAGGGAAACGGGCACGAAUUACACUGUUGCCAGUCACUCUGUUCUUUAGCCGUUUAAAUAGGUAAAGUCCAAGAGUCGAAUUCACUUUCUAACUGUGAACCUUUUUGUACAGACUGUGAGCACUUUAUGGCUUCCCAAAUCCCCUUUUGCGAUCAAAUCUGUCCUGUUUUUUUUUUCUUUCUUCCCCCGCAGUGUUCCACGUUGAGUUUUUAUCCCUUAAAAGGAAAACGUUUGUGUACUAUUUUAUAUAUUCUAUAUAUUUUUUCCUUGCUGACUUGAUGAGCACAGACAUCACUGCCAUUCCUGUAUAUAGGGAAAGUAAUGUUAUAUCUUGGUGAUGUAAGAUCCCCCCCUUACCCGUGCUGUAUUUUAAAAUACUACCUGAUAAUAAUUACAUAGAUGUCUAUGUGAUAGUUUACACCUAAAACAUGGACCAGUAAAUUCGUCGCUAAACUUUGAACAAAAUAUUUGCGAAUAACUUCCUUAUUUCAUUGUUGCUUUGUGGUUUUAAAUUCUUAUUUCAAUAAAUCCUGCGACGAUUAUCCCCGCCUCCCAAGUAGUAUAAGCUGCUCUUUUUUUUGGUCCUGUUAAUCAGUGCAUCACACCACUUUGUGGUUGAUUGUUCUAGGAAAAUAAAUCAUUUAUUCCAUUUAUCAGGUGUCGUUAGCGUGGACUUCAUCUAACGUAACCUCUGUGAUAGCACAUCGCCUCAUUCGUAUGAUGACAUAUUAGACCGUGAUGGGUUUAAUAGCUCGUUACGGCCGAUUCAAUAGACAUUGCUUACGUCUGACGUAGAGCUCAGCCAAGAAGGGCCGAAAUUUGUGAAUCGUGUGUUGUUCUGCUUGUGCCUUUUGAAUCUUUACGGAGCAAUGAUAAUGAAAUAUAUUUUGAUUCCUGAGACUGAUGUUUUGUAUUGAGACGUCACACAUCCCAUGAAUAUGGCUGUGGUUUUGUAUUAGUGUUUACAGAUUUGUUGUAGAUACUGAGAAAUCAGUAUUUUUUGGGGGGUUUUUUUGUGCUUAUUUAUGAUAGAUUCUGUAAUGAUUAAGUUAAAUCACUGAUAAAUGAAACCAGCUCACAUGCAUUUUGUAAUAAUGUGUUAAAAUAUACAAAUGGCCAAUGUUCAUAUUUUACAUAUACAGUUAAGGGCUUUGUAUGUAUUUUUUUCCCUCCCCCGGUGAUGAAUGUGUACGUUUCUUAAAUUAUCAUUGUCCUUCUAGAGAUUGACCAAAGACAGCGCUGUUCAAAAAGAAGACCUGAAUUAAAACAUUUUUUUCAUAAGUGAUGCUGAAAGAAGCAAAUAAUUCAAAUGCGUGUUCAAUGCUGAUAUUGUUAAUGUAAAAAAAUAAAAGAUGAUGUAAAAUCAGUUGGAAUCUGUCAUGGUUGACCGCUUUAAGAGUUUUUGGAAAAUGUGUGUAAUGUGAGGUUGUGCAAAAGAAAAGCAUUCUUCAAUAAACAGUUUUGUAAUCUCUUGGAGAAAGAGAUGCAA